CGCUGUAAUUCAGAAAUUUAAGAUUUUCGAUUUGUGGUAAAAUAAAGCGAAAAAUGUGACUUUCUGUCAAAAGUUGAGGACAGGGUACAUCGGGAGUUGACACAAGACAAAAACAGAUGUACUCCUACUUGUCACGUGAAAAAAUAAUGCCUAAUUUUGGCUAUUUUCUGCCUUUACAGUGAUUAUAGAAAGUUGUAUACUCUUAUGAUGUACGCAAUGUACAGGGAUAGUCACAUGUCAUGAUCUACUGAUGUAGCAAGUUCCUAUCAACAAAUGGGAUAAGUUGCCGAGUGACUUCCGUCGAAGACUGGUGUGUGCCAACUUUGAUAAAAUGUGAAAACCAUUUUCUUGGGAUAAAAACUCUUCGCUAUUUUGGGAUUUAGAAAAUGGUUCUCGACUUGAGGAACAGGAUUAUUUCUCAACCGAAGACUGCUGUGUGGAUUGCGGGAUGCGUUAUUCUACUUUAUUCGGUUCAUUUGAGUGUCGGGGUGGCAUCCCACUGCCAGCUUGAUGACCCGAGCCAGGACGGCAAGCAGUGCUUGUUCGGUGGUGUGUGUAACCACAGCCAUGCGGACUGGACAACCACAUGUACCUGUGUCGAACAGAAAUGCCAAGUCUACAUGGCUGACCUGUGCCGGACGACAGGUCUCGAGAAGUUCGACCUGAACGUGCCCUCUGGUGGCCGAGGUGUGAUCUACUCACAGAUGGCGCAGUACUACAUCCAUCGUCACAAAUUCAUCAUGUUUCUACAUGCGCCACCUGGUGAGAGGAUAACGUUUAAGUUCACUGAUAUCGACCUAGGUGGCAACACCUACAUCUGUCCUCAGGGUGAGGUGUUCAUCUACGACGGGCUGAGCAAUGAAGAAGGAAGUUACACCAUGAAAUACCCGACAAGGAAGUCCGGCUUCUGUGGAGAUGAGGCCUCAAAAUAUUAUCCUAUCCAGUCAACAGACCGUCACAUGGCCAUUGUCUUCAGGUCAUUCAUCGGCACAGAGCAACGUAAAGGGUUCACGGGAACAUUUGAGGUGACGGGUCCCGUCCAUGGGGUCUGGGGCGAGUGGAGUGAGUGGUCAAAGUGUCGUGGCUCAUGCAUUGAGGGGAACUUUAAGACAAAGUCAAGGUCACGUGUCUGUGAUAAUCCUAAACCGCAAGAUGGUGGACGGCCGUGUGAUGGCUCUGCGAAGGAAAACGAGAAGUGUGAUGCCAAACUUGCUUGCAUUCCAAAUGUUUGUGCACGGGGUAACUACCUUGGCUGUGCUAAAAAUGCCGAUUGUUACGUACCAGAACCGAAACAAGGCAAGAGUCAUUUGCCGUCAGACUUGGUGUGUAAAUGUAAAAACAGUGAUUGUAAAAUUUUUAUGGAAGACGCGUGUGUGGCGUCUCCGACUCGUCGCGUGCGGCUGGUGGGCUCGCGGGGGAAGAUACGCUCGCAGGCAUAUCCUCACUACCGUUAUCAGGAGGAGUGUGAGUUAACAGUAGAAGUACCACAGGCACAGUGGGUCAUGAUAAAGUUUAACGAGUUUGACAUGGGGGGAGGCAGCAGCUGUUCUCAAGGACAUUUAGUCCUUUUUGAUGGUGCGAGCUCCCGCAAUUUCUCCAAGCGAUAUCCAUCGCCGAAGGGUUCAGGGUUCUGCUCAGAAGUGCAGCCGCCACGCAGUGACGACAAGUAUGAAAACAUCGUCAUCUCAACGGGGAACUAUUUAACUGUGUUCAUGGAUACCAAGAAAAGAGGCAGCGAUGACCAAAAUAUUGGCUUUGAUGCUGAGUUUUCGAGCGUCCCUCCAGGUUAUAUCCAUUCCUACCUCUCCGAGUUGGAUAUCAAGAUCAUCGCGUUCUCGAGCAUGGGCGGAAUCUUUGUACUUUCUGUGAUAGCCGUCUCCACCUGGUGUUACUUGCGUCACCGACGGCGACGGAAAAGAUUAAGAUGGUAUUAUUUUCAGUAUCGGAAGCAGAGUUCUGAGGGCGUAGGAUCGGAUUCUGAGUCACCGCCACGAGAGCGUCGCUAGGGAGAGAUGCUCUGAUUGGUCACGGCUUGUUGCUAGGGAGAGAUGUUCUGAUUGGUCACGGCUCGUUGCUAGGGAGAGAUGCUCUGAUUGGUCACGGCUUGUUGCUAGGGAGAGAUGUUCUGAUUGGUCACGGCUCGUUGCUAGGGAGAGAUGUUCUGAUUGGUCACAGCUCGUUGCUAGGUUGUGUGGGUGGAUGACCAUGUCAGUAGGUUUCUGGGCUCAUCAUGACUUGAGGUAGCGUCAUGGAAGAGUGUUAGCCUAGAGACACUCACGUGUAACCUUGUUACAUGACCUGGCCCCAUAUCACAAUGUGAUAUAUGGUUAACUGACUUCUUUAUGGAAGAGGGGAGUCAGUAUGAUUGUGUGACAUUCAUUUCAAAGUGAAAGGGUUCAAACGGUAGAAAAUACUCAUUACAGUUCUGUCCAUAAGAAACAUAUACAUAGGUGUCAAACUUGAGUAUGUCCCCGCUUAUGAUGUUCGUGCACUAACACUCUCUAGACGAUACUGUAGUGUUGCUCAUUACAAGGCAUGUUACUGAUGGGCAGAACUGUAUUUCUCUCAUGCCAUAAUGUUGAUGUUUUGAGGGAUCAGCAGAACGUAAUGCCGGUCCAUUGUAGUGAAAUGGAAACCAAGAGUUGGGUUUCUUGUCUGUUUGUGAUUUGUCUCUACAUAUCAUCCGUAGGUUAGCUUGUUUCGCCAGCUUGUCAGAGUCUCAUGUACACAAAUGAACAGUCUCCUGUGGAAAACUCUGGCAAACUUGUCCUGUAUAGGAUUCUGUUGAAGCAGUUUUAUAAAUGUCCUCUUGGAGGCAGCACUGUAUGUUGCCGCAGCUUUUUAUAUUCGACUGGAGUAUGACUCCAUUUGUUGUAGUUGAUGUUCAGCCAACACGGUCGCUUGUUUAUGUUGAACCCACGACAGGAAUGUGCUUGUAAUGUAUACAAAUCUUGUGUGAAUGCAAGCAACUUUGAAAGAUUACCAACCAUGGGUCAUAGCCCCUUUAACAUUUUCUUCUAGUGUUGCUAAGUGUUAGUAAUGCACUAAUAUUGGUAGCGAUAUGUUUCAAUUUUCCCUGUUAUGAGGGUCACAUUUUGAUAUCAUUUGUAAAAUGAAGUUUUAUGGUAAAAUCACAUGAUAAAUGUUAGCUGGUCUUCUUAAUUCUGCCAAUCACGGAAAGGUGACUCUGGCUUACUCAGUGUAUUGUUCAUAUGUGGGUUUUCCCUGCUGACACUCUGUCCUCGAAGCUUUGAGUAAAGGCGUGCAGUGGUUUUCCCUGCUGACACUGUGUCCUCGAAGCUUUGAGUAAAGGCGUGCAGUGGUUUUCCCUGCCGACACUGUGUCCUCGAAGCUUUGAGUAAAGGCGUGCAGUGGUUUUCCCUGCUGACACUGUGUCCUCGAAGCUUUGAGUAAAGGCGUGCAAUGGUUUUCCCUGCUGACACUGUGUCCUCGAAGCUUUGAGUAAAGGCGUGCAGUGGUUUUCCCUGCUGACACUGUGUCCUCGAAGCUUUGAGUAAAGGCGUGCAGUGGCGUGGGAUGGUUUUGGAGAAAUGAGAGCUUUUGUAAAUUGUAUACCACCAAUGCCAUAACUGUUACUGUACAUUUACAUGUACAUUUGCACCACAAGUUAAUCCUAUUGUGUUAAUCCUAUUGUGUUAAUCCUAUUGUGUGGUGUAUGCUGAUGUUUGUGUAGCCAGCUGUGGGUUGCCUGAAUUAUAAGCAUUGUUUGAAGAGCUUGACAUUCUUGAGUCAUAGAUGUCAUUGUACUGUUGGCUGAGCCCCCAGAGUACCAUUGGACAUGUAUUAUUGUAUGAACUAUAUGUUUUUCUAUUUAUUUGUAAACAAUGUGUACAUGGUUUGUACAUUACCGUAUAUUAUUUAUAGUCUGUUUAUAGAUAGCUUUUUGAUAUUUCAACAAAAACAUAUGAAAUGUUUUUUGGUAUUUUCUUGUAAAUAGAUGUGACGAUUUGUUAGCUUGCCAUUACAGAACAUUUGACAAGAACAUGUAGAUGUUGUCAGCUGUCUCUCUCUAGCUUUGGCGACCAUAACCUUCAAGGUAUACUCACCCUGCGACCACUCCUGUCAUAAGAUAUAUAGAUCUUAAAACUUGGCCCAGGUCCUAUGAGACAAGCCAACAUUGGCUGUGACAGUAACUGUGUCGUGCAGCUCUGUACAUUUGGAUCAGUUGCAGGUUGUGUCGCAGGGAGUGGCCCCCAGGGAAAUGUAACCUGUAUUAAUCUCUUGAACCGGUGAAACCAGUAGACUUUACGUGUUUGUACAUUGAAUGUAUUAGCUUCGAUCACAUGUCAGUAUUUUGCUAUAUGCCAAACUUGGCCGCUUCAAAGUUUGUCAAAUUUCUUCCGCUGUGUUCUCAACCUUAGUGCUUUUUGGACUAAAUGUCCUCCGAUAUUACUUUAGUAUUUGUGAUUUCAUUGAUUGGCAUUAUUUCAGCGGAUAUAGGGUAACUGUGAGAUAAAUUAAUGAGAUAGGGAGUUUGCACUGCGAUGAUGGAAAAUGGAAAAUACUUUUUCAGUUCCGUCUUUUACGUUUGACGUUUCUCUCCCAAACACGGCCCAACUGGAGCUGUCACUGUAUUGAUAACCUUGGGGAGGGACUGACCUAUAUUUUAGCACCACCCUCACAGUGUCAAUCUGUGUCUCUUGUAUGUGAUCUCAAUGUCAGGCUUCAUCUGCAAUAAACCUUUUAUAACUGUCA